UGCCCGUCAUAAUGUCUCUCUCCAUUAUUACACCCUAUUAAGUCCAUAGACCAGGAAACCAGAUCGUACCGGCCGGUUGAACCAAAAAAACUGGAAGCCUAACCAGAAACGGAACAGUAGGCUGUUAGUGGUUAAUUUAUCGUGUCGGCCGGGUUUUUUGGUUUAACCGGCAUGAAACGAAAUACCGCUCGGUUUUGAAAAAAUAGGCAAUAGGCUAUUUGCAGCACAAAAUGUUGCCGUUUUUUAUUCAACCAAAAAAUACUAAUAAUCAAAAGGCGAGUCCAUACCCUAAUACCCAAAUCAAACGAUCGUUUCUUUUUUCCCCAGAAUUUUAACCCCGCCCCGCCCCGUUGCUCCUUUUCUCUUCCCCUCUGGCGACCUACAACCGACGAAAGGAAUGGGGAGAGGACGUCUGUCGUCUGCCGUCCGCGAUCUACGACGAGCUCGAGUCUCGCACCCCUUGGUCGAGGCUGCCUCCCCUGCCGAGUGCCGACCGUCGAUUCAAUCUCCCUCCCCUGUCGAGUCUCCCUCCCCUAUCGAGAACACCACGUCGCCGCCGCGCCUAUUCACCCUCUCCUGCUCGACGAUUUGGACUUCCAUCCCAUAGAUAUAUGUCGAGCUCGAGUUUCACUAUGCUGGUUCCAUUCACAUUCCUAGUGUUUUGCUAAUAGCAUUGGCAGAAUCGCCUGAGGUUAAUGACAGGCUCAACAUAUCUCUACAUGAGUUAUAUGACGGUAGAAGAUUUCGACGAAGACCAAGUUAAAGGUUUCAACAAAAUAAACAAGUUAGGGAGUAAUGAUUUAACUUUGGUAAGUGGUAACUAAAAGGUCAAGGAACCAACUAGAAAAGUAUAAUUGAAAGCAUAUUGAUUGAUUGGUAGUUGUGAACUUGGGGUUUGGAAUGGUAUUUGGUUGUUUUGUACUUUGUAAUCGUUGCUAAACAUGCAUUGGAACGAUUAUGUAGUUGAUUCUAAAAUGUUGCACUUUGUUGAAUGUUAUAUUACUUAUGCUUAUAUAGUAUAUUCAAGUUUGCAAUCCGGUAUUUUCCGGUUUAUUUCGAUAUACUCCAAAACGCUAUCCUGAAACCGUCGGUACGGUUUAUUAAUAAAACAAAUUUUUUUAUUCCAAAAAUAGUAUCUUACUGGUACAUAAAGGUUGAACCACGAUCGUACCACAAAAUACCCUACCACAGACAAACCCGGUAUGACUUCCGGUAUGGUUUCCUGAACAAUGGUCCAAACACAACCACGCUUUGAAUCGGGUUGCAUAAACAUUGCAACUGAAAUUAGCAAUGUACAAUUAGACUAGCUAAAUAAUAUGAACAUUUGUUGCUUUCUCUAAACACAUGUCAAGCAACUACUUCCCAAUCACGACUGAUCAAUGCCCGAAAGCGGUCGAUAAGGGCCACAUGGUGAUGAUUCAGGUAUGCGUUGCUGCUGAGGAGUUGGAGAGCACAUCUCGAAUCCAACUCCAUCCUAACGUGUUGAUAUCCAAGACUCCAAGCCAGCUCGAGUCCCUCUACAACGCCUCUCAACUCAGUUUGGGUGAUUGAGCAAAUCCCCAAGCUUCAUGUGAACAUCGCAAGGCAGCGUCCUAGGUAAUCUCUUAACAUGCCUCCAGCAGCGGCAAAACCUGUAUCAUGGUGAACGGAGCCAUCUGAGUUGAGAGUGACCCACUCGGGAGGAGGGGGCUUCCACGAGAUCAACUCCUCCUUUUUGAUGGGCAGAUUCGGUUGGUGAACUAACUGAUCCUUAUCCAUGGCUAUCGUCACGACAUUAAUCCAAUCCAGGAUGCAUUGUAGAAAUGACUCGACUGUAAUGACCUUGUUAGAAAAGACUCGGUCAUUUCUGGUACUCAGAAGGUCGGAGAAGCUUUAUCCAAGUUAACCGGGCAAAGGGACAGUCCCACAACACAUGAAGGACUGUUUCUGCCUUCUGGGGUGGUGCGGCAAUUGCUACAAGUGAUUAGGGUGGUCAAGUGUCUCCUACCCCUCUCCGUGUUCGAGGUCAUGUUUAGCUAGUCGAGGCCAUGUUUUGCCUCUUGGUUUCCAUUCUUUUCCUGUUAACGAUCCUACUUUGAUGUACUGGAUUAUGUAUGAUGCUCAGGGGAUCUCUGAACCCUGUUUGGUUAUGAAUGAAGGUUAGGAUGCUUGCAUCCAUUUAUAAAAAAAGCAUUGUACAAUUAGAAAUUGAACUUAUUUGCCCGAAUUCCAUAUGAAAGUGCUGGAAGGACAUGAACAUAAUGAAAUCCUCCUAGCAUGUUUAGACAAUUCAGAAUUAAUUCCGGAGAAGUCACUCUUCAUAGUUGGAGGGUUUUGCCGAAUUGCGAACAAAACACGCAUAUGCGAGAUUUAGUCAUUGAGUCCAAAAGUUUUUCAUUUGAGGAAAUUACGCAUCUUGCUCGUGAAAAACGGAUACUCUCUUUGCAACAAUAAUAGAAGGUGAACAUAAUUAAUGGUAGGUAAUGAUCUAUCCGUGGAACGUUACCUAUGGAUAAUACAUCAACAUAUUUUCCAACCGAUGAACCAUAAUGAAAUAUGAGCUCAUAC